AAUUGAAGAAGAAAUUGGUUGGAUCCGUUCAAAGCUCGAGAAGGGUGUGUGGCAUGUCUUCUGAUUGAAGCUCUCGCCCUCUGGUGGUGACUAAGCACUCCUUUGCUUCGUUGUGCGAGCCUCACCCUCUUCUUCAUCCUCUUCUCCGCUCCUUUUUUCCACUUCCCGAUGGCGAUGCUUGAGGCUCUUGCUACAACGACGAGCACGGGAUCUGGGGUUUUGAUGUAGCCGAAUUGCUGGUUCUUAUUCGAAAGUUUCAUGUCUGGUCGUGUUUCUCGACUCGAUCCAUGCUCUUCUUCUGAUCCGAAAGUUUCUGCUUUCCCAACGAGCUCCUGGAUCCUUUUUGAGGGGGCAUUGUGGACGAGGAGUUCUGAGUUUGAGCUGUUUUGUGUUGUCGAUCUGCCUGAUCUUUGAACAGUUAGGGUGGUCGGUGACUGGUUUGAUUUUGACAUAAAGGGUGCUUGCUUAUGCUGGAGAAAGAUGUCGUUUAAAAGUUUUGUUAGAGAGCUGCGAGAGAUUAAAGAUGGAAUUGGGAGCAUUUCGAAACGAGGAGAAGAAGGGAGUAGGCAUUGGCGCAACCGAACAAUGUCACACAUUGCACCUGAUCAAGAAGAACAUUCUCCAUUGGAGUUAAUUCAGCAAGGUCGAUGGGCAAAUCUACCCCCCGAAUUACUUCUAGACAUCAUCCGGAGAGUGGAAGAGAGUGAAACCUCAUGGCCUUCUCGAGCUAUAGUCGUUUUUUGUGCUUCAGUUUGUAGGUCUUGGAGGGCCAUUACAAAGGAGAUUAUCAGAACUCCUGAGCAAUGUGGAAGGCUCACAUUUCCAAUCUCAUUAAAGCAGCCUGGCCCUCGGGAGUCUCCAUUUCAGUGCUUUAUCAGAAGGGAUAGAGCAACUUCGACCUACCUCCUGUACUUCGGUUUGGCUCCUUCGGAGGACGAAAAACAUAAACUGUUGUUAGCAGCCAAGAGGGUCAGAAGAGCAGCCGGUACUGACUUUAUCAUAUCUUUAGUAGCUGAUGAUUUUUCUCGAGCAAGUAGUACCUAUGUUGGUAAAUUAAGGUCUAAUUUCCUGGGUACGAAGUUCUCGAUUUAUGAUAGCCAGCCUCCUUGUGACCCUGCAGCUCAGCAAAGUAGUCGAUCAAGCCGUAGAUUUCACUCUAAGCAAGUCUCUCCUAGGGUACCUGCAUGUAACUACAGUGUAGGUACAGUUUCUUAUGAACUUAAUGUUCUUCGCACUAGAGGUCCUCGGAGGAUGCAGUGCGUCAUGCAAACGAUUCCAGUUUCUUCAAUUCAGGAGGGAGGCACUGCCCCAACACCUACUUCAUUCACACACUCUGAUGACCACCUUUCUAUCGAGUCCGAUUCUAUGAGAAAGGAUUCAGGCAAGGACUUCGGCUCAAAGACCCCAUCAGAACCAGCAGUUCAGGGAUCAGAUGAAUCGUUAGUGCUUAAAAACAAGGCACCAAGAUGGCACGAGCAGCUGCAGUGCUGGUGCCUAAAUUUCAGAGGACGUGUGACGGUGGCAUCCGUUAAGAACUUCCAACUCGUUGCAGCUGUUGAUGAAUCUCACAAUGUUUCAGUGGAAGAGCAAGAGAAGGUAAUUCUCCAGUUCGGAAAAAUUGGAAAAGACAUCUUCACCAUGGAUUACCACUAUCCGCUCUCUGCAUUCCAAGCCUUUGCAAUCUGCUUGAGCAGCUUCGACACGAAGCCAGCCUGCGAAUGACAUCCUGCCAUGAAUAGCGGUCAUCGUCAUCAGAAGAAGGUAAGGAUAUGGUUGAGCUUGUUGGGAAGAAGAACUACACAAGCAGUGCAUUAUUGGCAGCUGAGAAGAUGACUAAUGCUUAUUGUCACUGAGUUGUUAAUCCGAGGUUUGACUUGUAUCCUGUUGCAUCCUCUUGGCUCUAUCUAAUGCGCAUACAUUAUUAUAAAUCACAGUCUGUUGUAUUAUCUAUGCAUGUAGAUUUCUUUAUGAUGAGACACUCUGAUCGGAAAUGGUUUAACAACAUUAUUGUUUGGUUGAC